AUGGCUGCAACGCCGGCGACAUUGGCAGAGCAGGAGCCCACGCAGCCAACUAAGAUCCCUUUAUACGAGGCCAGCACGCAAUUCAAGCACUGGCGAUUCUCCGUGGACGAACUCGUACGGACGCGUGCCUCGAUGAACGAAGCCGCCGUAGAUGCCAUACGCGCAACGUUCGAGGCGGACGAGCCAGGCUCGUCAGCCAAUAUCGCGUUUCUCAAUUGGGAAGAGGAGCAGUUGCUCGUGAAACUGUAUAUGUCCAAGAUAUCGCAGCUGUGCGGUCAUUUCCGAUUUCCAGACGAAGUCGAGGCGACUGCAAUAAGCUACCUAAAGCGAUUCUAUCUCAAGAAUACGGUCAUGGACUGGCAUCCGAAGAAUGUUAUGUUGACCACGCUAUUUCUGGCGGCCAAAACUACCAAUAACCCAAUUUCACUGGAAGCCUUUACGACACAUAUACCAAAAACAUCGCCAUCGGACGUUCUCGACCUUGAAUUCCUUGUCGCUCAAAGCCUGGAGUUCGAGUUUGCCGUAUGGCACGCCCAUCGCGCUCUGUGGGGUAUCGUCCUGGACAUCCAGAGUCUUCCCCCAGCAGCUGCACAAACAGAAGAUCCUCCCCCGUCGCAGCUAUAUGAUGCAGCACUGGCCCAUAUACGCGAAUCACGACUGACCGACGCCGAAUUAAUUUACACGCCAUCGCAGAUCGCGUUGGCCGCUGCAUCCCUCGUCGCCCCAGACCUAGCAGCUCGGUGGUCUCACAGUAAACUGUCAGCAUCAGGCAGCGGGACUCCGCCCGCGGCUCUGGACGCUACUGUUGAAGCCAUCAAGAGCAUGAUCGUCAAUUUUGGUCACCCACCGAACGUGAAUGACGUACGUGAUAUCGAUCGACGGUUGAAAAUCUGCAAAAACCCGGAGAAAGUCGUUGGCAGCAAAGCGUACCUGGCGAAGAAAGCUGAGGAGGAACGCAAGGCUGAGGAGAAGCGGAACAAAAAGGCGGUGGAAUCCCAGAAUGCAAUGGCGAAUGGCGAUCCAUUUGAAGAGUUAGGCCAUAAGAAAGAGGCCCUAGUGGAUUAUGAUGAUGACGACGACGAUUAG